AUGAAUUAAACUAACCUACCUUUAUGUCAUAUUCAUCAAUUACCUAUCAUCUAAAUUACUUUAAUUACUUCACCUAAUGAAGACUUUCAAAUGUUUUGUCCUAAAUGCCCUUAAACUUAAAAUUAGACUCUUGAUGUUUAAACAAUUUUAAAUCAUCUUCAAAUGAUUCAAAUUACAUAACAACCAUCUAUUUAAAACUAUAUUUAGUUUCUAUUAAGUAGAAUCAAUACUAUUUAAUAAGAUUUUCUUUAAACAAUCCAACACUUUUCUAAAUAAGUUAAAGAUUAAAUUAAAUUUUACUAAUCACAACUUAUCACACCUGAAACUACCAACUAUUUCAAUACUAUCGAAAAAUUUACUAUUGAUGAUUUAAAAUAAUUAAGUUCAAUUUUUGCACUCAAUUUUCAAAUGGAUAACAAUUCUUAAUACUAAAAAACUAACUAUAUCUUAAAAUAAUAAAUUACCAUACUUCAUCAUAAAAUUAAAGAAGCUAACUAACUCAAAUUAUAAAUUGAAAAUUCUUUUAAUCCUGAUUACUAAAUCUCAAGUUAAAUCUAAACUGAUGAAGAAGAUCAUUUCUCAGAUAUUCCAAAAGAAUAUAAAAAUUAUAUUGAAAAACAUAAAAUUGAAUAUUCUUCUCAAAUAAAAGGAAUAUAAUUCAGCUAUGAUAAUCAAUAUAUUUUUGCUUUUAGUCAUGAAUUACCAUUAACAGCAUUUAAAGUUGUAGAUAACAAAUUAGCUAUUUAUUAAUAAUUAGAAGAUAAACCCAAUAAUUUAUAUAAAAUUUCGACUAGUAAAAUUGCUAAUAGAAUUUAUGCCACUUUUGGUAAAAUAAUUCAAAUUUAUGAAGAAAAUUAAGAGAAACAUUGGAAUCCAACUUAAAAUUUUGAUAUGAAUUAAAAUAUACAUUUAAUUUAAGUUAGUGUUGAUGAAAAAAUAGCAAUAGCUUAGCUCAGAAAUAUAACAAUUUUUUAUCCCUUAUAAGACAAUAAGGAAAGUAAAUAAAUAUCACUACCUUAAAAAUACAAGAAAAUCUUUCGUGAUUUAAGUUUUAACUAAAAGGGAUAGCUUUUAGUAACUACUAAUGAAGAAGUGUUGAUUAUUUGGAAGAUUUGUAAUCAGAACCAGAUAGAAAUGUAUUAAUGUUUUGAAAAUCAAUGGUCAAUAUAUGCAUAAUUUAAUGAUUCAUCUAAUGAUAUUAUUUGUUCUAUAUCUUCUGGGGGAAAUCGUCAUUUCUGGAUACCUGAUAGUAAAGGAAAUUUUUAUGAAUCUUAAUCAAUUUAUACUAGUUAAUGCACUUUUGGAUGCACAAUCAAAUUUAGAUUAAACUCUAAAUUAGUUAUUUUGGGAAAUCAUUCAAUUGAAAUUUUAGAAUAAGAUUAAUAAAACAAUGAUGAAUGGAUAGUUUAGUAAAAGUUUAAAAUUAAUUGUUGGAAUCUUGAUGUGUCAAAGGAUGCUAAAUAUAUUGUAGCUGAUGAUUUUUCUAAGCUUUGUCUUUUUGUAAGAGAAGAAUGA